CUGGCGUUUGGCUAGGCGAUGGAGAUGGUCUAUCCUAACAAUGUCAAAUUGUCCGAGGAAGACAAAACAAACCUCUGUUACCUGGCUUUUCCCGACUCCAAUUCUGGUUGCAUGGGAGACACUCAGUUUCACGUCAAGAUAAAAUGUUCUCAACCUUUGAAUCUCAGUCAACGCCAUAUAAAUUAUAACACAAAAUGUCCAGUUUUCUUACAAGCUGAUCAUCGUUGUUUGUAUGGGUUUGUUUUCUUUCGACAAAUCAAAGAUCUGUCUCUUCCACGGGGUUAUUUUCAAAAAAGUGUAAUUAUACUAUCUCAGUUGCCAUUCAUUAGUUUAUUUACUGAAGUUUGUGGUACAAUAGCACCUGAAUAUUUUAAACACGGGAUUACUGGAAUAGAAGUAGCAUGGCACGAUAUCAAACAGUGGCCAGAUUUAUAUGCGGGAGAAACAGUGAGCUUGCCAUUACUGGGGAUUGUUCUUCAAGCUCAACUGAUGUGUGAUAAUAAUAAAAUCAGCAACUCAUCAAACUCAAUGGUACCUGAUUAUCAGUUACCAGUAGUUGUAUCAUCAUUGUACGAAUUGAAUACAUUUGGAUGUUUUUCAUCGAUUGUAUCUCAAAUGCACCUUUUAUGGGAAUUGGUGUUAACGACUGAACCCAUCGUUGUGAUGGCUUCAUCACCUACCUACAGUUCACAGGUUGUCCAAGCUUUAGUUAGUUUAAUAGUACCAUUGGCUUAUUAUGGAGAUUAUCGUCCUUAUUUUACAAUACAUGAUAAUGAGUUCAAGGAGUAUAUGAGCAAAACACUGAAUCCGCCACCUAUAAUACUUGGUGUAACAAAUCCUUACUUCACAAAAACAUUACAACAUUGGCCACAUAUUGUAAGAGUUACUGAUACAUUAAAAAAAGGUAAAUCUACAAUGUUUAUAAAUAAAUUCAUUUUUGAAAUGUUAUUUUGAUUAUUUAUUUUAAUG